UUUGCUGAUAGCCCUUUAAUCCGGCGUUCUUAGUUACGCGUUGCUAAGGGUUGGCAAGAUGGCGGCGCACAUAAACUAGUGUUGCCCCGACUGAGUUCAGAUUAACUACACUGAGUGCAGGAGAGCACAAGGGUUGGCACGAUGGUGGACUUUUUGUCCAAAUACCGCAUGUAUGGGUAUGGCUUCACCCAGACAGACCUGCGUACAGCCAGUUCGUCGUACAAAGACCUGUACAGGAACAGUGCUCCCCACGUCUUUAAAGCAGAAAGAGCGCUUGUUCACGAUUGCCGAGAGCCCGUGGUAAAGGCGUACACAGACUCAAAGCUGUGGGAGGCGUACCUGUUAACACGCGGUCUGAGCGACACUGCCCGCAGCCAGAGGGAACUGAAUGCUAAAGAGAAAGAAGAGGAAGGCAUGAAAAAGUUUUUUCGCCCGUACUCGUGGAGGCCGCAGAAACUGCUCUUCAAUGUCGGUGUUAGAGGGCGUGGUAAGGGAGAAUUCAGCUACCCAAGAGGCCUGACUAUCACGGAUGAGCGCGACAUCGUCAUUGCCGAUACCAUGAAUCACCGCAUACAAAUCUUCAACAACUUUGGUGUGUUUAAAUCUUCUUUUGGCAGUCUUGGCAGCGGGGAAGGACAAUUCAACGAGCCAACGGGAGUGUCCGUGUUCCCCAACCAAACCAUCGCUGUCGCCGAUAAAAAGAACAAGCGAAUUCAGGUACUGACACUCGAAGGUCGAUUUAAGUAUUCAUUUCCAACUGUGGAUGAACCAUAUAGCGUUGCCUGUGAUAUAUAUUAUAACACCGUGGUCGGCACUGCCUCCAGAACUGUUGAAGUGUACAGGCGUGGUGGCAAGCUCUUGAGUAGAUUCGAAGUUGGUGGGAAACCGCCUAAAACAUCCAUGUCGGGCUCCCCCAUUCACGUAGCCGUAAAUAAUAAAAACGAGGUGGUUCUGUGCGACUCGGUCAAUUGUCGCGUUAGGACAUACAGCUACGCUGGAGAUCUCCUCUACCAGUUCCGCACAGAAGCUAACGGCGACGGGCUUGCGGCUGUUCCAGCUGGAGUUUGUCUGAACCCGCUCGGGCAGAUUCUUAUUGCAGACAGGUUGAACCACACCGUAAAUGUGUAUUCUGAAAGAGGCCAAUUACUUCUCCAAAUUGUGGGGCCACCGGAUUUGACAGGGUCUGUUCAGACGUGCGCCAUCGGCCCGGAGGGACAUUUAGUUGUCACAGAGUACAGCACCAACGGAGACCACUGUUUUAAAAUAUUCCGCUACCGUGACUGUGAGUGCCACCGCUACCGGCCCGGCUCCAGCAGGAGAUCUACGCCCACACCAAAAUGGUGAACGCACGUUAGUUGAUCCGCAAAUG